CAGUAUCAAGAUAAAAUAAAUCUAUUUGUUUUUUUAAACUGAGGAAGUAACAGUUUAAAAUUAUUAUUUUACCCUCACAUUCAAUUCUUCAAAUUUACAUAGUUUAAUUGGAGACCUCAUCUCAAACAACUGCUGACACUCCAUAAGGUUGUCAGAUAUGUCUGUUGCACAUCAACAAUUCCUCAAUCCCAUAUGGAAGCCUUGUGUUUCUUCAUGUCCAUUGCUAGCUGCUCAGUUCCUAGUUAUGCCAACAAGUAACAUAGAAGUUUCUCCUGUUCAAUGCUUGACCAUUGCUGCUGCAAAAUCAGGAGCUUCGUUUUCGAAUUCUGGAGAUUUAAGUGCAGAUUUUAGCGAAAGAAAUGAUGAUUUAGGUGCAGCCAAAGGGUCAGGCACCACGGCGAGAGGACGGAGGUUGUUGAAGGUCAGGGAGGAGAAGAGGAAGCGCGAAUAUGAACGUCUUCACAACUACCCAGCUUGGGCAAAAGUGUUGGAAAAUGCUUGUAAACAUGACACAGAGCUUCGUGCUGUGCUUGGUGAAAGUAUUGGCAAUCCAGAGCUUAUGAGGAAAAAAGUCGAAGAGAGAGUUCGAACAAAGGGACGAAAUUUUCAGAAGUCUAAAACGGGAUCCGUGCUUGCAUUCAAAGUCAGCUUUAGAGAUUUCAAUCCUCUUGAUGCAUACAUAUGGUUUGAACUCUAUGGCUCACCAUCUGAUCGAGACGUUAACAUUCUCGGUAGUGUUAUUCAGGCAUGGUAUGUCAUGGGUCGUUUAGGCGCAUUCAACUCAUCUAAUUUGCAGCUGGCAGGUUCAUCGAUGGAAUACGACCCUCUUUAUGAUGCAGAAAAAGGUUUCAAUGUGAUGCCGUCAUCAUUCCAUGACAUAAGUAAUGUUGAAUUCCAGGACAAUUGGUCAAGAGUUUGGGUGGAUCUUGGUACAGCUGAUUUCUUCUCUAUCGACGUACUUCUCAAUUGCUUGACUGUAUUGAGCUCAGAAUAUAUAGGCAUUCAACAAGUUGUGUUUGGUGGUCGUCGGAUGGGUGAUUGGGAAGAGGGAAUGACCAACGCUGAUGACGGAUACAAAUACUUCGAAAUUUGACUGGGCUGGCACCUGCAAAUUUGCAAUGUUCAAGUUUUUCAAUUCGAAAUGAGAUGAAGUUUUCUAGUAUUAUGAUUAUCCCUUAUAAUACCAUAAAUUUUGAUCAGGAGGAGUGUUAGUUACUGUAAUUAUGAUAGCAGUGAACUUGUAUGGUAUAGGAGAUGAGAUAGGAUCAUGUAAUAGUUUUCAGAAUAAUCUUGUAAAAUAUUAUUAGCUGUAGCACCCAAUUUAUGGGAUUACAUUAGUGUUGUUCCCUGUCCUGAUUCGGAGUCUAUCGGGAACAAUUUCUCUACAUCUUUUGAGGUAGUGGUAUGGAUUGCAUACGCUUUACCUUUUUUA